AUGCAGCGCUGCGUAUCUUCAGGGACAUGCUCCACAGGAGCGCUAGCAUUGAUUCUGCCACCAGUCAGUUUGUUAGUAGAGGACCGUGCCAGGUCUGAGCAGCCGGACACCUUCUGUUACACUUCCCUCAUCUCUGCAUGCACGCCUAGUGCACAAUGGCAGCUUGCUACGUUUCUUCAUGAGGAGAUGCGAGAACUGACAGAUGUGAUCGCUUUCAAUGCCACUCUCGGUGUUUGUCGCGAAGCCAGCCGAUGGCUAGAGGCGCAGAGGAUCUUCUCAGAUCUUAAAAACAAGGACUUCUCGCCCACGUUGCCUACAUUCAAGGCGGUCAUUGGAGCUUGCGCUUAUGCUCAUCGCUGGUCAGACGCCUUGGAUCAUCUACAAGAACUGCGGAAGAUGGCAUGCAGCUUCGAUGACUUGAUAGUUCAAUACGGCAUUGUGUCCAAGGCAUGUGCCGAGGCGGGCCGCAAGGAGAUUGAGGAAGUGUUGCUCCGUGAGGUGAAGAUUCAUAAUUCUUCGAGUUCUGCUUAG